UACUCAAGCGUGUCUGAAUGGAACCGUGCUUGUUUCAAGCCAGUCUCGAUGCUUCGGACAGUUCCGCGGCGCCUGCUCUGCGGGCGGGGGACGUCCCAGGCCCCCUUCAGUGCACGUGCCUGGUACCAGAUGCUGCUGAAGGAAGGAGGUUCGAGGAAGCCAUCAGCAGACAGUUCUGGCAAAUUCAACAUCUUGGGGCCAGUGGGAUCGUUGGGUCGGCAGGAUCUGGUUAAGCUAUUGGAAGCAUCCGUAGUGCACAGGGAUGGUGUGCUUGUGGCUAUCACCAAACCCCCUGGCUUGCCUGUAAUAGGCAAACCAGGUGAUGUGACUUUGGUUUCUCUUCUUCCUGAUCUAAGCCAGAAAUUGGGCUUCUCUCAGGAUGUGCAGGUGAUCAAAGCUCCAGGAAAGGAGAGUUCUGGACUUGUCCUCCUCUCAGAUUGCCCGAGCACUGUCCAGCAUUUCCAGGAGUUCUAUGUCCGGUGUCGGAAAAGAAGACAUCCAGCAGCUACCUACUGCGCUGUCACAACCAGGCUGCCUGCAGACUCAGAGGGUGAAAUUUACACUGGCCUCAAGCUGAUAUACAGGGAAGAUUCUGAGCUGGUGGUGCCAGUUGCUUCUCCGUCUCGUGGCAGCCUUCAGAGGAAGGAGGUAAAAAACACACUGACGCGCUACAAGGUGUUGGACUCCCAAGAUAACUGUGCCUUGGUGCAGCUUCAGCCACUGACAGCCUUCCCAUAUCAGCUCCUAGUGCAUCUGACACUGAUUCUGAGUCCAGUCUUAGGGGACCAUGUGUAUUCCUCCCGUGUAGGGACAGUCCUGGGGGAGCCCUUCCUCUUACCUGCUGAGAGUACCCCGCCUCGGACACAGGUACUGGAUGAGGCUCUGCUCCGCAGGCUUCACCUGCAGCAGCCCCACGUGCAUCGCCUGCCCCUCCACCUUCACCUCCACCAGCUCCUCCUGCCCGCUGCCAGCUCCUCUUCCUCGGUGCUGACGGCUCCUCUUCCUCCCUAUUUCCUGCAGACACUUUGUCUUCUGGGGCUUAGUCUCCCAACAAAACAAACAACACAGAGGCAUUCAAAGCAUCUGCCUUGACCUGGCAGGAGCCAGGCCUGCCCUAGCGAAGUAGGAACAAUAGCCUGAAGCCAGGCACAGGCCUCCUUGGAAAGACUGAGCCUUGUUGGUUGCUGCGGACAGAGAGGACAAGCUCGCCCCCUGCUGGGAAGAGGCACAGGAGGGUGUGCAAUUGACUGCCAAAGGCUGGUUUUAUAACCUCUGCUGUUCUAGCAAAGGUGUGCUGUUUCAGGGCUUACUGCAGCAACCAGGCUCUAUGGAACUUUUAUUUGCUUAAAGUGGUCGAAUCGCAGCUACCACCUCAGGGUUGACAGGUGACAUAGCAGGAUGAGUUUGGAUAUAGUUCAAAGCAUAACCAUGUUCCAUUCAAAUCAGUGGGAUUUUAGGCAUUCCUAAUUUUCUAGACACUGCAUUUAGUGUAGUGGGCUGCAAUACAUUUAGAAAAGGCAUUGCUCAGCCAAUUAGACUGCUUGCCUUGUGGGGGGGGGGUGUGUGUGGCUUAAAAGACUUUGAGUGGCAGUCCUGUUCCCUAAGAGGCCGAUACUUCUGGUCUGUGCUGGUAAUGAGGGUUCGACCUCUCUCCUAAGACUUUUUUUCUGUGAGGAUCACAAUCCUGAAAAUCAGUUUGAGCUUUUUUGUAAAACCUGCGCACCCCCCCCCACUACUUUAGCACAGAAAUUUUUUGCUGAAUUUGUUUUCAAAAAUGUAAUA